GCACUGGAGUUUAAUAAAGGUCCCCAUUGGAUCCAUCACUGUUAUUCCAACCUAACCAAAAAUUCAAACUCUUUCCAAACCCCUCCCCUCCUAACCCGUAAGGUGGCUUAAUAUCGGUACUCGUGUAUCAUAGCUUAUGACAUCAGCUCAGGCAUGUGUGGAACCUAACUGAAACUCGGGGAUCCUCAUCACAACCAGUUUGCAACACACACCACAACCAAGAAAUCACGAUGCUCUCACAUAUAGUGACAGCCGGGGUUGUUCUUUUAACCCCCGUGCUGUUUUCCUACUUUCUCCUCCGCGUCAUCGGCUCCAACCUCCGGCGACGGAGCAUGGUUAAGAAGGCAACCAUUACCAGGAGCGCUUUUGGCGAGAGGAAAGCGACCGUCGUUGGGUUCUUUCACCCUUAUUGGUGAGACUACGGAGAUGCAGUGUAUGGGGCAGAAACUAAUGAGAGGGUAGUAAUGCUGGAGGCGGAGGUGAGCGGGUGUUGUGGGCCGCUAUUCGAGCCACCCAGGAAAAGUGGGACGACGUGUUGUGCGCAGUGUAUACUGGAGAUCAGGAUGCCGACAAGGAGACGAUACUAUCUACAGUCAAGGUAGUUUGACUGCACCUCGCACCCCGUACCCCGCUUGCUGAUAGUAUUAUUACAUAGUCCAGGUUCGACAUCCACCUCGAUCACUCACGCGUUGUAUUCCUCUUCUUAUCAACCAGGCACUACGUCUCCGCCACUACCUACCCCCACUUUACACUCCUUGGACAAUCUCUCGGGUCCUUGAUUCUCGCCUGGGAUGCAUUUACGUUACUCGUCCCGGACAUAUUCAUCGAUACGAUGGGCUACGCGUUUACUCUUCCCAUGGCCAAGUUAAUGUUUGGAAUCCCGACGGGCGCAUACGUUCACUACCCUACCAUAUCUACAGACAUGUUGUCUAGUAUUUCCUCCUCCACUGGCACACGAGUUAGGGUUAAGCUCUUGUACUGGAAACUCUUUGCUAUACUUUACGGCCUCUGCGGAAAGGGCAUCGACGUGAUAAUGUGCAAUUCAUCCUGGACAGCAGGACAUCUCCGCAGUCUGUGGUCGAAUAGGAUGUCCACUAUUUCCGUCGUCUUUCCCCCGGUGGCAGUAGAAGCUCUUACAGAUGCAAUACCACUCAGUAGGAAUGGUAUCGAGAUGAAGAGGGAGAAGGUCAUCUUGUGCAUUGCCCAGUUCCGGCCGGAGAAGAAGCACGAUCUAAUAAUUGAUUCGUUUGCUCACUUCUUGCGGGAGAAUCCUAGUCUUAACGACACGCAAUUAGUCCUUAUUGGAAGUGUGCGUCAUUCGGAGGAUAGGACUAGGGUCUAUGAUCUACGGUUACUCGCACAUGAAAAGGGAAUCAAGGAUAAGGUUGUGUUUGUUUGUGACGCGAGUUGGGGUGAUAUAUUACAAUGGUUGGGAAGGAGUUGGAUUGGAGUAAAUGCCAUGUGGAAUGAGCACUUUGGUAUCGGGGUGGUGGAGUACCAAGCCGCUGGUCUCAUCAGCGUUGUACACAACAGCGGAGGGCCGAAGAUGGAUAUUGUCAUUCCCGGCACAGGAUUUCACGCGACGACGAAGGAGGAGUUUGCGGAUGGAUACAGGAAAGCUCUCGAGCUGGAGGGUCAGGAGGUGGCCAAGGUUCGACAAGCAGCUCGUAAGAGUGCAGGGAGGUUCACGGAGAAAGUUUUUGCAGAGAAAUGGCUUGAAGCAAUGGCCAAGCUGCUACAAUUGGAGCGGACUGGCUGAUGCUGGUCUCUUAUCCUCUCCUAUUCUCCACUCCGUUCUGGUCGGGCGUUUUCCUCCUUCCUUUCCUUUCUUUUCCCCGUUUUUCUCAGUCUAGUAGAAUAGGUAGUCCACAUAGAUACCAGGCACCGAUUCCAAUCCCACCCACUAUUUUCUAACCUUGUCGCCAAUGCCGUAUGGGUCCUGGGAUUUACACGGUUCCAACUCCUCCCCUCUCGGCAUGGUCUUUGCUAGAAUGAGAUUCUGGACAAGUGAGAACAUGGCAGACGUGCUCCAAUAGAGAGACAACGCGGCCGGAGCAUUUGCAGUAAGUGGGAAUGCCGCGAGAGACAAUAUCCUAAGAACAUUUGUAAAAACCCAUUGCCUCCGCGUACCCGGGGGGUGCAAUUUUGUUUGCAUCUACACGCAAUUAACCUCCCUUUCGCCAUUCGCGCACGAGGGAUGGAGGAUUAAAAAGACACACCUCGAUAUUCGCAAACAGCAAGAACGAAAACCCCAUUGGCAAAGCCAAGUAUGGAUCUGCGGCCAGCAAGUUCCCAAACCACAGCGCACCCUCUGUCGCCAAUGCCUCCUCUACCCAUGCUUCUCCACCAAUAUCUCCUAACCCCCUCAACCAGGUGGGUAACCCUUCAACUCCCGUCAUCCCCCUCAAAGUCAUGCUAGCCGUGACCCAGACCGGUAUUUGAGCGACAGGCGCCAACAGCAUCUUCCAAGCCUGGCAUUCCCAUCUCUUCCAGAGUUCCCUCCUCUUCUCGCGUAUUUCUUUGCGAGUCUUCAAUUCCCAUGCCUGCGGCGUGGUAGUAGUGCUCUUGGCAUCCCUGGCGAUGGGGUGCUGGUACGCGCUUAGGAUCGGUUGGAGACGUUGAGUACGGAGGGCGCGGCGGCGGGAGUAUACUGUCAGCGGGGUUGUUAUGGCUAGGCGGAGGAGAAUUGCUGAGAGGGGGAUUAGGGUGUGGUAGGGAAGGUGGGUGCUCGUAUGGAGGGCCGUUAGGAGAUCGUGGGUUGUGGAGAGGACUGCGGGGAUCAAGUGGUUUGGGGGGGUGCUUGAGAAUUGGCGGCGGAGGUGGUGGGGGGCUUUUGUGAGGAGGGGUCGGAGUGGAUGGAAGUGUGGCAUUAUGGCGGUGGUGGGGGUGGUGGUGGUGGUGGUGGUGCAGGAGUGGUGAUGCUGCGUGGUUCCUCCCGUGCACUUGGCAGG